UCUUCCGCGGCGGCCGAGACCCACCCGCCGCCAUGGCCAAGUACAACGUGGUGACGAAGAACAAGCGCGAGCACAGCCAGGACCGCAAGCGCCGCGCCCAUGGGGACCCCAACUCCGGCAAGCUCAAGCAGCGCACCGACCACCAUGUCAUCUCGGGCAAGCGCAAGCGCAAGCUCCAGCGCCGCGACAAACGGGACCAGAAGGAGGCUGCGUUGGUGAAGGCGCUGGAGAACAACAUGGGGGACGUCGACAUGGUGUCUGCUGAAGCAUCUUCAGAAACUGGAAAAGACAAGCCUCGGAUUAAGUUUAAUGUGAAGAAAAACUCAAGGAUACAGAUCAAAAGACUAAAAGGCAAAGGUAGAAAGAAAGCUAAAAAUGCCAAUCCUCCAACGAAGGAGAAGGCUGAUGCCAUGGUAGAAUGAAUGUCAAGAGUGAAACAGUAUUUGCAGUAUGAGCCUUUGUAGGGCAUUAGCAAGGACUAACUAGCUACUGGAGCUUGUGGGUUAACUUGCUGCUCUGCCGCCUUAACAUUCAGCAGGAAUAGUCACUGCUACCUCUGGAGUGAAUGUAUGGAAUGCAGACAUCGUUUUUCAGUA